UCCGACCACAGACAAUCAUGUCAUGGCGGAGUAAUCAGCUGUUAAUUGCAAUGCCGAUGAGUAGAAAUAAAUCGUUUUGUUUCGGUCAUUAAUGCAUAAUUUUAUCUUACUUUUCUUUUCAAUUAAAAACAUACAAAGUGAUAUUUAGUUAAAAUGUAUUUUUUAAAAGUCUAGGAAUGGCGCGAUGUCCUAUGUCAUCUGUCAGUUUUAUUCAUUCAUCCAUUGUAGUGCAGAAAAAAAUGUGACUUGUUUGAUAAAUUCUGUUUUAUCCAUUAAAUGCUAGAUGAAGGUUAAACACAGAGGUUCCAUGUUUACUUAUCGUUUAACGAACUCACCGGUAACAAUACUGUAUAGUAUAAUCAUUGAAAUAACUACGUAGCGCAGCUUUUAUAAGGCCUAACAAAUUCCCUCUACAAAGAACCUGUGCGGCGUCGGCGGUUUCUGUUAUUUUAUUGGACAUUAUAGUGGUUAAGUGUUUUAGUUUAUAUGUUAUAGUUGGUGCAAAAAUAGUUUAUUUAAGUGAGUGUAACGUAUCGAAUACGAAAAUGUCGGGUCGUGUUCGAAAACAAUCGGACUGUCCUGUUGGAAAACAGGGUCCUAUGAGAGCGACACUGCCUGUGUCGUCUGUGAUGAAGCAAAGUGGGGGGCUCAAAAAGAAUGCAGCCAAUAGUCCGACACUUUCGCCAACAAAUGUGUGGCGAAGAAUAUCACCAGACCAUGCCCUCUCUGGUCAAAGAAGUCCAGGAGCUGUUAACUACAAAGGCAAAGGACGGUUUGGGUCCAAUGUAAUCAGACGCACAGCCUCUCUAGAUACUUUAUAUCACAAAGGACAAUGGCCCAGGGAUUACUACCUCCACGCAGGCCAGCUUCAAGUUGAUAAGUCUACACAAACAGAUGAUGGAGGUGGACUUUCUGGGAGGUCAUCUAGGGGCUCUGAUGAUGACAAAUUGGACCGUUUCAUUUUAAGAAGUCGUCUACAAAGACCUCACAAGUCCACAGCAUCAGGAGAAUAUUCCACACAUUCAAUGAGUCCAGGAUUUUGGUCCCGUUUUGGUAGUGGCGGUGUACCUUUAAGAGCAGCACGGUCUUCUGUUGAGGGUCUAAACCAAGAAAUUGAAAGACUUGUUCUUUGUCCAGCUAGUGGUACUCAGACUCCACAUCUUGAUAGACUACGAGAUAAGGUUACUCCUGAAGGUCAUCGUGCACCACUUGCAGAACUUCUGAGGCGUUCAGUCAACACACAGACUCCUCAUGAUCUUUGUCAUACAGCUCAUUCUUCAGAUCCUCCAUCACGAGGUUCACUCUCCAGUGCGGGCUCAGCCGAGCUACUUGCGGCAGGUGGAAGUGUGUGCUCAUCACCUGAUCUUGAUGGUUCGAAGCUCGGAACUUCCCCACAAAUUAAUCGCUUCUUAGCCCGGGAACCUCCAGAUGGUUGUGAAAAGGUUAACCUCAAAGCCGGUGAGGGCUCAUACACCGAGCCGAUCUCCGUGAUGAAGCCCACCGUGCACGGGUUCACGCUGCGGCCGUCCCUCGGCUCCGCCUUCCAGCCGCUGCAGCCCGCACCGCCCGCCGAGCCGCUCUCCGAGCCUCAUUCCGAGCCGCACUCCGAGCCGCACUGACUGACGACUGCCGCCUCGACAAAGACAUGCACACACAUACACUCGCGCACCGCCACAUGAGUAAAUACCCCACAGAGACAAAGCCCCUAGGGAGUGCACAAAAUCUAUGCUUUUUUUGGUAGGGUUGUCACAUGAGAAAUAAUUGAUUUAUUUAAUUAUAUAUAAAUAUUAUUAUUUCAAUCCAUCGAAUAUUAUUAAAAAUUACAAUCUUUAACGCGUCAUUUGACUCUCGUGCCAUAAGAUUGUCAACUAGCCGAGCUGAAGCAAACCCAUCUUGUCAACUGCAAGCGUGUAUGUGGAGGUCACCGUCAUAUAGCUGUGCUUUGUUGUGCAAUAUUGUAGUUAUCGCUUUGCGGUUCUAUAAAGCUUUGUCUCUGUGGGGAAUUUACUCAUGUGACAUCGGCCCCGGACGAAUCCCCGAACCUCGGGAAGAUAUUGACACGCUCCUAUAUAUCAUUCGACACGGACUGGGAUGAAUUCAUCCGGUUCGAGAUGUUGCCGCCCGAUACUGAAUAGAAUUGAUGGAAAUAUUUUAUGAUUCGAAUAUUUUUAAUAUCAAAAUUAAUUUAUUAGACGUCGAUAUACAGAUGUGAAAGUUGUCAUUUUUAUGUGGUAAUAUCUUGACCCAAGCUAAGAGCGGUAUUUAAUUUUAUAUAUAAAGGCAAACCUUUACUUUCACUAUAUUUAAAGGUUCUUAAUUUUUAUUUAGUCAAUAUUUUUCAAUAUUCAAUCUCUCGUAACAUUAGGUAAUUUCAUUCUACAUUAUUCAUCAAGUUGUAAGUAUCAAAGCCAUGUCGCCCGCCUCAUAUGAGUAAAUGUAUUAUAAUUUCGAUGGAGAAAUCCUUUGUCGUCGAUUGAGAAUGGCGUUUCCUUGACAGCUGAGUGAACAGCUAACUAUGAUGAUUUAGGAUAUAGUAUUAAACUAGUACCUGGCUCUAUUCAAAAUUUUCAAUAUUUUGCUUUAUAUAAACACGUUAGUGUGAAAAUUCGUGGUUUUUAUAGUUUAAUUAAAUAAAUCAAUCAAUUUUAUUUAGUAAUAUCAAAUUACAGGUGAAUUCAAAUUAAUACUUUCGACUUCAUAUAAAAAAAAAUUACAGCCUUUAUGGAUAUGAUCUUUUAUAUGAAAUGAAAACAAAUAAUCUGUUUUAAAAAUUUGUCAAAGCGUUUUUGGUAUAAUAAAUCGAGCAUGUCAUUAAUAUAUUAAAUAUUUGUUAAAAAGAAAUAGUACACUGUGUGCACAUUUUCAUUCUGACUUAAGUGUAUACUACACAUUCAACAAUGCAUUAAGCAAUUAAAUUCGUUGUAAAAAAACCCUAUUUUAAGGAAAACCUACCAAAUUGCUAAUAUAUUAAUGGCAUGUUUACAUUUAAUUAAACCGGAUACAAACUCUUUUGUGUUACAAAAUAUUAUGUAAAAAAAUCGAAACACUUAAUAUUUUGUUAUAACAUAGCAUGUUGGUAGUACUUAUUCAUACUUAUCUGAAAGAGUACAACACAAAUUUAAUCAGUAGUGACAAUAAUUGUAUAUAAGUUAAAUUUUUCUAUUUGGAUACUAAAAAAAUAGCAAAUAGCUAUGUCCAUUGUAAUAAUUUAGUAACCUAAUGUUUGAUGUUUGUCAAUUUCCAUUGAAUGAGGACAUUUGGUGUCGUUCGAAGACGCUACCGACUAUUUCGGAACUGGAUUUAGUUAAACCAACCAAAGCAAGGUCACUAACCGUUUUGCGUAUUAUUUGCAUUUUCAACUUGAGCACAGAUUUCAUAUUACUAUAUCGAUUUGAUUUUCGUAUAGAGUAUUUAGUAUCGUUUAAUGAUGAAGUGAGAGGAAGUGAAGAAGCAGACGCGGAAAGUGACUGGAUAUCAAUUUUGAUCUCAAAUAUUCUUUAAAAUGUGUGUAUAUAAACUGAUAUAUUAUGUAUUACAAAUUAAUAGUUCGAAUAACACAUUUUUAAUUUUGAUUUAGUAUUCUGAGUAAAUUGCUAUUAUGUUUUUAUCUUUGGUGAUAAAUAAACUUGGACCAAAAUUCUCAAGGGCCAGAGUAUCGGAGACGGGAUAGGAGUGGUAAGCUUGAUCUAGGCUGUUUUUCUAAUGAAGAUAGCUUUAAAUAAUGGGAUUUGACAUAAGAAUGUGGAAGAAGAUAGACUGAUUUUUGAAAUCUUUACUCAUGCUUUGGUACAGGUAUCUUGACAAUGAUUAUAAUAAAGUUAAUAUAAAAAGAAGUUUAUACUAACUAGCAUGUGCGCCAUUUGCUCUUAAUCUGGUAUUAGAAAUUGAAUUAUUAUCGCCUCGUAGAGGUAAAUUACACAUAGAUAAUAAUAUCAACGUUCGAUUGUAUAUAAAGAGUAUGUAUACAGCUUUUUUAAACUUUUCUUAAGAAAUGCGUAGGGUGUCAGGUAUCUGUACUGGGUAUAUUGGAUAGACACGGUAUUCGUUAUUAUAUCAUUCGGAUAGGAAAGAAUGGACCAUGCCAAUUGGAUCUCUCAUUUUGGCCAAAACGCAUUUCUAUCAUCGAGACUGAUAACGUAGAAUGUUGAAAACAUAGUAAGAUCUGCUUAUUUUUUUUUUAAUGUUUUGUAAAUUUCGACGGCAGAAAAAAAAAUAUUUUUGACGGCUCACCUUUGGAAUAUAGAGUAUUUUAAAUCUUGUCAUUGCUCAAAUCAAAAUUUUUAUUAAGAGCCAUACUUAUGAUAUAUGCCGAAUUUCAAAUGUAAACAUUGUGAUUGUAAAUUUCGAGUUGCUGAUAUUUAUAUAUUAUAAUUUAUAUAUGUGUGUAUUGGUUAUUUUUUAACAAAUGAAUGUGAUAUGUAAGUGAAUAUUGAUUGUUACUUGACAACUUUCGGUACUGAAACACGUGAGUGCUUGUAUCUAUUUAUCAGCUAACGUUUAUAGGUCUUGCACAAAGUAAGCAGUAACCACGAGUUGUGAAGUGUUACCGAAGGUGCUGAGGAGUGAUUUUUAGAUGUGUAAAGUGAGGGCUGUUACUGGCUUGUGACAUGACACGGUAGGAUGUUGAAUAUCUUUUGGACUUACGGUAACUGGAAGGCAGUUUAUUUUUAUUUAUCGGUGAAUGUGACAAAUGAUCAAUUCUAAAAAAUGUUUUGAUAUUUGUACAAAUAAUUUCGUUUCUAUUUUUAUUAAAGUACAUGUAUGUAGAUACUUUAAAAAAUAUUCAGUAGUAUUAUACAAAGCUAAUAAAAAAAGUCAUCUAUGAUUUCACAUUCAUUAGUAGUAAAUAUUUAAUAAGGAUAAUGAUAACAUUCGCUGCGCAGAAAAUGAAAAUCAUUUAAAUAUGAAAGACAAAGCCGAGCCAGUAUUUAAAAACCGGAUUACUGUGUAGAUUUUUCUCAUAAGUGCAAUAUCUAGCUGUAAUGUUGACAAAUAUUCUAGCGAACCGUGUACGUCGUAAAACUGCGAGAAUGCUGUAUCAAACUGGAAAUUUUGUUUCGUCUCCUCUCAAAUCCUUUACUUAGUUGCACAUUUAUAACAAAAUAUGUACAGUUUCCGUAAUUGUAAGCUUUAUAAUUGCAUUGCUUCCUGUUAGCUUCCGUGACGUUAUAGAUUACCCACACACGAACCCCAAAACAAUGUUAUGCUUUAUUAACAUAAUACUUACAAUAUUUAGAUUUAUGUCACAGGUCCAGGUUGUACUUUAGGAUUUAUCUUUCCCGAUAUCGUUACCUAAUUUAAGGUUUAGUAAGUUUAGGUGACCCGAAAAUAUUAGCUGUUAAUAAAUGUGUGCUAUUAAAGGUACCCUUACCAAAUCAUUUUAUGUAAAUCACUGGGUGUGGAGGAAGUUUCUACGUAAAGUUGUUGCCACAUUCCACUACUACCUACCAAUUAUUGGAAAAACAUAUUUACCACAAACAACUUUAUGUAGAAAUGUUAAUGUUUUUUAAAGUACAUAAAGAUAUUUUUGUAUGUUCAGGGUAGGAGUUGUGCAAGAUGUACCAUAAAAGUAAUUUUGCUAGGACCUUAGAUUUGAUAGUUCUUUUAUAGAUGGUUAAUAUUAUUUUAAUGUUUGCUUUUAGAUGAUUGAUAAGUUUGUAAUUUUUAUUACUAUGAUAUUAGAUUAAAUACUAACAUUAAAACUAAACCAAAAGUGCCCAUUGAGAUAAGUUUAUAAUUCAAGCAAGCCUUUUGUUUAGCAUUUUGUUAAAAAUAAUGUUUAGGCAACAAAAUUAGUGAUUAAGGAAAUUAUGAGAGGAUUGUUGAGUUUUAGUUUUCUAAAAUUGUUGAGGUUUAUUGAAAAAAAAUUCUUUAAUUUUUUUUACGCGUAAUGCUCGACAAAAGGCUUGUUUUUAGAGGCAUUAAUUAACAUCAAUAAUAAUAGUAUCGAUUUUAAGUAAAGAUAAGAAUGGUUUUAUUAUAGUUUUGUUUCAGAGAAGAAAUUCUAAUUACUAUUUUUGUUUCCAAUAUUUUAUCACUUUUACCUGUUUUCAUUGUAAUGUAUCUUGCUGUAUUGCAGACAUAUCCAAUAUACAGACUGAUUUAAGAA